AUGUUUUGGUUUUUCCAAACGAAGCAGAAGGUCUCCAGCGGAUCCUUUAUGAAAUUAUAUCUAGGUGAUUUUAUUUUUACUAAAAAUGGGAAACCUUAUUAUUAUAUUGCUGAGUUGUAUUUGUUUAGUUUGAAAUUUAUUUUCCCGCUUGUGUAUUUGAAUAUUUGGAAGCUUAUAAGUCCUGUCCUUAUUCGAAAUAGAAGAUAA